AUGGAGAUGUCAAUGGAGCAGAAGAAAGCAACCCAACAACUGGGUAAAAAGAAAAAAGGUGGUUUCAGAACCAUGCCCUUUAUCAUAGCAAACGAGACAUUUGAAAAGGUUGCAAAUGUGGGGCUGCAUGUGAACAUGAUAUUGUACCUGCUACAAGAGUAUAAUUUUGAUCCUGCAACAGGGGCUAUUGUAAUAUUCCUGUGGAACGCCAUGUCUAAUUUUUUGCCAAUCUUUGGUGCUUUUCUUUCUGAUUCUUGGCUUGGACGAUUUCGCGUUAUUGCACUCGGAACUGUCAUCGACCUUGUUGGCUUAGUUGUAUUGUGGCUCACAGCUAUUAUUAGGCGUGCAAGGCCUGAAUGCCAUGAAGAAUCUUGUGCGAAUCCUACUGCAUUGCAACUCCUGUUUCUUUUCUCUUCACUUGCUCUCAUGGCUCUUGGAGCUGGUGGAAUUAGGCCAUGUACCUUAGCCUUUACUGCUGAUCAAAUCAACAACCCUGAAAACCCACAAAAUGAAAGGACCAUGAAGAGCUUCUUCAAUUGGUACUAUGUUUCGGUUGGCGUUUCAAUAACAAUUUCAGUGAUAUUUAUAGUGUACAUCCAGGUUAAAGCAGGGUGGGUUGUAGGUUUUGGGAUUCCUGUGGGGCUCAUGUCAUUUUCUACUAUCAUGUUUUUCUUGGGUUCUUCUUUAUAUGUCAAAUUGAAACCAAACAAGAGCUUGCUCACUAGCUUAGCCCAAGUGAUUGUGGCAGCCUGGAAAAACAGACACUUGCCUCUUCCUCCCAAGAACCCUCACAUUUGGUAUUUUCACAGUUCUUCUAAUAUUGUUCAACCAACAGAAAAAGCAAGCUACUUGAACAAGGCUUGCAUAAUCAAAAACAGAGAGAAAGAUUUGGACAGUGAUGGGAUGCCCACUGACCCUUGGAGUCUGUGUACAGUGAGACAAGUAGAGGAGUUGAAGGCCAUAAUCAAAGUCCUCCCUAUUUGGUCCACUGGCAUCAUACUUGCAACUACCAUAAGCCAACAGUCAUUUUCUGUGGUUCAAGCAGUCACCAUGAACAGAAAGGUGUUCCAUAUAGACAUUCCAUCAACCAACUUCAGUGCAUUCAUAAUCCUUACUUUAACAAUAUGGGUGGCUAUUUAUGACCGCGUUCUAGUUCCCUUGUUCCCAAAGGGGCGAGGAAUCAACGUUAAGAAACGAAUGGGACUUGGAAUAUUUAUCUCAUGCUUGGCCACUGCAGUGGCAGCAUUGGUAGAGAACAAGAGGAGGAAUGAAGCAAUAAGAGAAGGGCUUAUAGACAACCCCAAAGGAGUGGUGAACAUGUCUGCUAUGUGGUUAGUGCCUCAAUAUUGCUUAUAUGGUUUAGCAGAGGGUUUGAAUAUGAUUGGACAAAUAGAGUUCUUUUACUCCCAGUUUCCUAAGGCAAUGUCAAGCAUUGCUAUUUCCCUAUGUAGCUUAGGCUUUGGGGUAGGGAACCUGGUGGGAAGCCUUAUUGUGAAGGUUGUGGAAGAUGGAACAGGGAAAGGAGGAAAAGCAAGUUGGCUUGCAUCAAAUAUCAACAGAGGCCGCUAUGAUUACUACUACGCUCUUCUUCUCAUUCUAAAUUUGGUUAAUUUUUUGUGCUUCCUUGCAUGGAGUAGGGCUUAUGGGAGUACUCAGGAUAUUGAAAAUUGGGAUCAAGACGAUGACACAAAUUUGAUUUCAGAGAAAGAGAUGGACAAGAAAUGA